AUGACGUCCAGUGAUGAAACCUCGCCUAGACAAAGCACCUUCGAGGGUGCGCAAGAUCGGGGUUCAUCGCCACUUCUCCAAGCUUCUCAAAAUGAAAAAUCAUCUAAGAACUCAAAGUCAACUGAAAGCACCGCUUCAUCCGGUUCGGCAUUUGUCCCAUUCCACGUGAACGACAUGAACAUUCUAAGUUUGGAUAAUUUGAAGAGAGCCAUUGUCUCUUCUUGGGGAAUCGAAAUGCCCAAAAGAAGAAAUACCAAAACCAACUCUGCGCCGAGGAGUCGUCCAGCUCGUCGUGAAGAUGCACGCUCGAGAUCAAGAAGCCCAAGAGUCGACGACCACGCUCAGCUUCCUCGAGAAAAUGGAGAAGAUCAUCAAGAUCAACUUCAUCGAGAAGUUGGAAACGAAGACCAAGAAGGAGAGGUGAUUCGAGAACUGAAUCCACCUCAAAGAGAAGUGGGAUACGACUGGUCGUUUGACGCUUCUCCUGGAUACUCCCCCGAGCCGAGAGCUGAUACUCCGGGGUACGAUGAGCAGCCGGCUGCACAGCAUGUGCCCCCUCAGCAACUCAUCUACGAGCGAACUCCUAGAGCGCAAAUGCCGGAACCCCAGAUUCGCUACCAAAGAGCGCCGGAGCCGCCAGCCGUCCACGCGCCAUUCAACUUUGAUGUUCGGGACGAGGCGACGCUGCGAUAUUGGAGUAGGUUUUCUUCAAAAAUUGACCCCGCAUUGUCUCAAGGCAAAUUUUUUCAGUUCGUCACCAUGAAAGUCUCGCCAGAGCUCUUCGUGAAUAUGGAAUCAAUAUGGGUUUCCGCAUUUGAAUGGAAACUUGGCGUCGCUGCCUACGGGAUAAUGAGUUCGCGGAGAUCUUCUUCGCAAAGAUCCUCUUCGCGGGCGUCGACUAGGGGAUCUUCUAGAAGAUCGCAUGAAAACCGGCGCUCAAGAUCGAGAAGUUCCAGUGACAGAAGCUAUUCUCCGUCGCAGCAUCGUCGCAAGAAUCGUCGCAACAGUUCUACGUCUUCAAACUCUCGUAUUCGCAGCGGUAGUGAUUCUGGUGAUAGGUUGUCUUUUGGUCAUACACCUCGAUCAUCUGAUGGAUCACACUUAGAACCCGUCAGCCCUUCAAUGUAUGCUGGCGAUAUCGAUUUCAACAAAGGCUUCGAAUAUGCAGGUGAUGUAUCACACUUAGAACCCGUCAGCCCUGCAAAUUAUUGGAAUGGCAAUAGACAUGACAACGUAAACAACAACAAUUCGAGAAGCCCGGGUCCAUACAACCCUAUAGGCCCAAUCUCCUCCUCUUCUUCUUCCUCUUCUUCUUCGUCAUCCAACGCGUCUUCGCUCGCACACUCGAUUCCCCUAGGCGACAUCAUGCCAGUUGCCGGUGAGAAUAAUUAUCUAGAAAGUCGUCGUCCAGGAUUCAUGGGAAUGGAACGCAUUCCAACGGCAGAAGAUGUCCGUCAGCUUAUUCGCCAUCAUACGGCGUCCAUUGCAAUGCUAAAAGAAUAUGCAAAUCAUAUGGGAUACAAAGUCGAAUGGUACGUUGAAUGGAGACUCCAUUCAGAGAUGGAAUACUUAAGUAAUCGUGGGCAACCGAGACACUUUUUUAAAGGAAGAACUCGACCAAAAAUUUGUAUUGCGCCAAAAUGUUUCAGUGUGUGA